AUGGGAAGAUCAAAGUUUCCAGGCAAGCCGCCGAAAACGGUAACCAGAAAACGAAUCAAGGUUCUCGGGCGGCCAGAACCAACUCAAAGUGAUUCCGUAACCGUUGCUGAAAACAUUUACUAUGGACUUUCACUGUUCAAUGAAACAUUUGGCGAUAAUGAGAAAGAACAUCGUCCAUUCCAUGGUUUUAGCAAUAAAGAAGCUAAAUUAUCCACAUCAUGUGCAAAAACAUCAAAAAAGGAUCCUGAAAAUGAUAAAUUAAAUCAACAAAAUGAUGAAAAAAAAAUCAACGAAUCGUUAACGGAAAAUUUACUGUCAAAAACAUUGGAAACUGAGAAUAAUUAUAAUCAACAAAAAAUCAACGAUCACAAUAAUAGUAAUUUACCAGAAAGUACAAGUAAUAAUAUUAUUGUUGUUGUUAAAGAAACAGCUAAUGUUAAUAAAAAAGAUAGUGAAGAUGGAAAAAAAUUAAAAAGUGGCAACAAAUCAAAAGUUGGUAAAGGUGUUGUUAAAUUUAAGCGUGUUGUUCGUACGCCGAUAUUGAAAGCUGUGAAUAAUAUAUUAGAUCGUCAUCAGCGGACACGACAGCUUCGAAAUAGUACAGCCAAACGUUUAUUGCAGAGGGCUAAGUACAACAUCACGUCGAAUAAUCGUAACAUUACAAUCCAGUCUAGUGAUAAAUCAAAUGCUAUCAAAAAAUUUGUCCUUCCAAUGCGUAGUGCACACUCUUCUCGUGUUAUUAAGCCAAAUAAAAGAUUUAUUGAAGAAUCGGAGCAGAGUUCUAGUGCUGACAAUGAGGAUGCCAAGCAGUCGAAAAAGAGCAAGACAGCUGGCAAAAGUCAUGGUCGUGCUGUCAAAUCUAAAAUAAAGCAAUACAAAAAUAAUUCAACAGCUUCAAUUAAUACAUCAAAAUCUGUUAAAAAUUACAAGUUUAAAGGUACGGAAGAUACGAGAUCUCGAAAACAUUCUGGUAAUGUUAAAAAAUCAACGAGUUUAAUGAGUAAGACAAAAAUGAAAAGUAAAAUGAAUAAUAAUGUUAAAUCAUCUUCAACGACAAUAAUUGGUAAAUUAUCAGAAUCAAGUACAAGUGAAUCAAUUCCUUCAAAAGUUCUUCCGGAUUCCAAUACUCCAAAUUUCGAGUCUUCCAGAGUUAAAACACGGUUGAGAAUACCAAGUGAAAAUCCAAUCGACACUGAAAAUUUAUCACUAAUAAAUAAUGACAAUAGCAUACGAAGUAAUAAAAAGAUUGAUAUUAUAAAUUCAGUUAUUUUGUCAUCGUCGUGUUCUGAUGACAACGAUGAAUGCACGCAGGAGACAGAUAAGAAUUGUGAUAUUGAAAGUCAAAAUAGAUUGGACACAUUUGAAUCAGACAGCUCUCUGUCAGAGAGUACCAGCGAGAGUAAUCACAAUAGCGAAGAUGAGCAGUCUGAGUGGACAGGUAUGAAAUUAGAUGGAGCUCGCAAAUUUGGUAUAUAUAGCUGUGAAUCGUGUCGUAAAUUUAUAAGUAAAAUAAUAAAGCAUCAAGCUUGUGCUAAGUCUACCAAUACGACGCUUCCUGUAUUGCAGUGUCACAAAGGUGACGGUAUGUGUCUAGUGCCUCCAGUUGUACGCAGUCAACAGUGGAAUUUAAUGCGCUGUGCUUACAAAGCUCGCUGUCCAGCUUGUUGGCUAAAAAUGUGUCUGAAAUGUUACAAUAUACCAAUGUCUAUUAAAAUGGGAUUAAAUUCUCUGCUUCCACCUUUGCACAGAGAUCCUGUAAUGUCACUAGGAUCCAUGAGUCAAGACAGUGAUGGUCUGGACAAUCAAAAGACCGUUGGAUCUAAAAUCAACUGGCCAGCUGAGGACAGUCUAGAGAAAAAUCUCUUCAAGUCUGCGAUUAGUUGGACAGGAAUCCAAGAGAGAAAAGUUGGAUAUCAAAGUGGUCAAGGAUUGUUGGCUAAUAAAUUUAACAAAGUUGACUAUCCAAUAUCAAUGUCGCUGGGUAAAAAGAGGAAAAAAGAUACGAGGAUAAAGAUUCGCAAGAAAAUAAAAAGUCCACUAGUACUGUCUCCACCGUCUGCUUGUUCUUCACCAACUGCUAGCCAGUCUACGCAAUCGACUCAGCCACUUCGGCAGAGGGUUGAUCUCAAAGGUCCAAGGGUUAAACACGUCUGCCGUAGUGCCAGUGUUGCACUUGGCCAACCUAUCGCAACAUUUCCCUCUACCGAUGAAAAAGAUGAGUCUGAUGUCAGUAAUAAGAAUGCUACCGUUAAAACCAAGGACGAGGAUAAGAGGCCUGACACAAGGGAAAAAGUUUCCAAGAGUAAUCAAGAAAAUAAUGCCAACUCAACGAAUAAUAAUACCGUGCAAACGUCUUAUGCUAAAAAGAGUAAAGUACAAUCGAAUAAUUUGGUAUCGAGUCAUCACAGUUUACGUGCACUUGUAAAAUCAGGGAAAAAUAAAAUUCAUGAAAUAUCAAUGGAUUUUUGGGAGCAAUAUGAUCCUACGGAAGUUGGUGCUAAAGGAUUUGCUUUAAUUGCAUCUGAAACUUUUCCCAUUCCUGCUAUUUGUUUUCUUUGUGGUAGUGCUGGAAAAGAGCCUUUAAUUCAUUGUCAGUGUUGCUGUGAACCGUACCACGCAUUUUGUCUUGAGCCUAGUGAAUGGAAUGCCUGUGUCCAACCAGACUGGUGUUGCCCACGUUGUACAAUUUGUCAGACUUGUUCUCAAAGAACAGGACCAAAAUUGUCAUGCAUUCGUUGUCGUCAAUCUUUCCAUCACUCAUGUUUAUCUAAAUCAGGUGUGAAUACCCGACUCUACAGUCCAGACCGGCCUUAUAUUUGUCAAAAUUGCGUUAAGUGCAAAAGCUGCGGUAGCGAGGGUGUUAAUGUUUACGUUGGCAAUUUACCUUUAUGUUCAAUGUGCUUUAAAUUACGUCAACGCGGUAAUUAUUGUCCACUUUGCCAACGUUGUUAUAAUGAAAAUGACUUCAAUACGAAAAUGAUGGAGUGUAACGAGUGCUCGUGUUGGGUUCACGCGCACUGUGAAGGGUUAUCCGAUGAAUUUUAUCAAGUACUGAGUUAUUUACCGGAUUCAAUUGAAUUUACGUGCAGUCAGUGUUCACCAAAUCCAAAUUCAACGUCGUGGCGUAAUGCCAUUGAUAAGGAAUUAAAAACUGGUUUUGUUGCUGUUUUAAAAUCAUUGAGUAAAAAUCGUAAAGUAUGUAAUGCUCUUAACUGGAGUCCAAGAAAAGAGUGUCUGUGUAAGCCAGUUGUUAGUGUCAGAAAAUUGUUAAAUUUUUCUAAUAUUGACAAUAACAGUAGUAAGCUCAAUAGUAAUAAAGAAUUAACAAUUAAUGAUAUUAAAGAAAUUGAUUAUAAUAAUUAUGAUAAAUUUUCUAGUAAUGGUGAUAAUAAUAAAAUUGAUCCUUUAAGUCGAUUUGAUUUUGAAGCUGAUGAACAGCAGCAACAGCAGCAACAGCAGCAAGAAGUGCCACGAAGAGGUUUACGAAAGCUUAAGCAAAAAUUUCACCUGAAAGAAUGCUCAGUACGAGUUAAAAAUUGUAUCAUUAAAGAUGGCAAUGAUUCUAGUAGCAAUGGAGAAACUAAUAAUCAACAGUCAUUAAAUUCAAAUGACAACUCUAAUUCAGCACGUGAGUGUCUGUGCUUAGAGGAAAAUAUUUUAAUGAAACCAUCACCAAGUUUAAUGUCUGUUAAACGUAAAGUAAACAACAACGAAUAUCAAUCUCUUUUUCAAUUUCACUGUGAUAUGGAGCACGUGGUUAAUCGAGCAGGUAAACAAGAUCUUAUACUACUUUAUCAUAGAUCUUUACAGGAAAUAUUUCCAUGGUUCGACCCCAACCAGGCUAAAGUUAAUUCAUACGACGAAGAACUGUCAUCGUCUUCUGCAGACAUGGACGGUGACCGUGAUUCAUCGAUAUCUAAAUUGAAUGACUCGAUUUUAGAAACGUGGAAAGAGGAAGUUGUCAAAGCGUCGAAAGCUAUCACUAUGAGAACAGGAAAUGUCUACAGUGAACUUCUCUCAGAAGAUACGAGGAUUUGUGCUUUGUGUAAAACCAUUGGAGACGGUCAAGAGAAUCGUGAAGGUCGGCUUUUGUAUUGUGGACAAAAUGAAUGGGUUCACGCGAAUUGUGCUCUCUGGUCUAAUGAAGUAUUCGAGGAGAUUGAUGGAUCGUUACAAAAUGUCCACAGUGCAAUCUCACGUGGUCGUAUGAUCAGGUGUGGUGAGUGCGGUAAAAAGGGUGCAAGUGUUGGCUGCUGUGCUAAAAAUUGCGGUAACACAUUUCACUAUCCUUGUGCAAGAAAUGCUGGAUUAGGCUUGAAUGAUGAUAAAACAAUUUAUUGUACAUUACAUUUGGCUAAUUGUAUUAAUAAAAAUCAAAAUGAGGAGGAAAAUUUUAGCUUAAAGAGACUGGUUUAUGUUGAGUUUGGAAGAAAGAAGAAAAAAUUCGUUGAACCUGAUAGAGUUAAAGUAAUGAUUGGUUCUCUUAUGAUCGAUUGUUUAGGCACAGUUAUGCCUGAAUUUUCUGACAGUAACGAAAAAAUAAUUCCCAGCAACUACAAGUGCUCGAGGCUUUACUGGUCAACAAUAAAUCCUAUGAAAAUAGUUAGGUAUUACAUACGCACAUAUGUAAAAACAUGCACGACAGACAUUAAUUUAGACAUGGAUCACAAUGUCACAAUAGACCAUUCUAAAGAACAAGAGACUGAAGAACGUCUGAAGAUUGAAAAUUUAGCCAUCAAACAGACGCUAGAUUCGUUAAUUGAUUCUGUUUUCAACCGAGAAGUAGAUGACAACCUCGCUGAGCAAAAUAAUACGGAUCUAUUGCCACCAGAUAUAACGGAUGUUAUCUUUCAAGAUUUACCACAUGAUCUGUUGGACGGAAUCUCGAUGCAGGAUAUUUUUCCGAAAAUGUCUUAUGAAGAUUUUUUAGCGAUGGAUUUAAGGAACGAUGGUGUCUUUGGUAACGAUAUCCUUAAAGAUGAAAUUUUGUCUUCUGACGUUGACGAUGAGAUAAUUAAAUCACCUUUAGAUGGUAAUAAAUUAGCCAAAGAUUCUUCUACUUUAUCAGAAAUAGCUGAGCAAAAUGACAUCUGGUUGCAUCUUGAAACUAAAAGCAGCGUCCAAGAAUUCAUGGAUGAUCUAUUAAACUCAAAAUCACAAAAAUUUGGCGGCAAAGAAUUAAAACGCUCUAAAUCUGAAGUUAUUGGUAGCAAUCCAUUGGUUGUGGGUAGUCAGAGACGACAUCACCAGAGAUCUUGUAGCUUGACGUGGAGCUGUAAAUUAGACGGAACUUACGGCCCGACUGUAAAACGAAGAAAAUUAUCACGACCGUCCACAGCAAUAACUGGUGAAGUGAACAGUUAUGUUGUCGAUUCAGCUGAAAAAAAUUCAAUGUUCCAUGAACUAAGAAUACCCGAAAGUAUUAUGGUGACUGUAGGACGAGCACCUUCUCCUACGAUCAAUGAAUCUGUAAGGGAAUUCAAAUACUGCAUUGAUGAUCAAGGUAUUAAUCGACGAAUUAUGCCCACUAGAGAAGACAAAGAUCACAAGCGUUUGCUUUGGCAUACGAGACAACAACCUCGCAUGCUUCAAGUUGACGGUCCAGCAGAUCCUAGUAGUGCAAGUGAAUGCAGUUCACCAGAGUAUGACGUAGAAGAAAAAUUAAACUCCGAUGGUUAUAAAAUUAUUGUAAAUGAAUGUGAUAAUUUUUCAGACAUCGACUCCGAAGAGAAUUUAAAAAUUCCACAGCUGGAUGGUGCCGACGACAUUUCCAGUGACGAUGAGAGUCAUAGCAAUCAAAUGGACACAAUAAUUUACGUUCCUCACACCAUCGAAGACGGUCCAGUAACUUGCAAACGUUGUCAAUGCACCUACAGAACCCACGACAGUUACAAUAGACACUUGUCUAAUUGCGACAUCGUAACGACAAGCGACAGUGACUCCGAGACAAUUGAUCACAAAAGUGCUUCUUCGUCGACCUUUUUCGACGAUUCACACUCACCACAGUUUGUUACUCUGUCAUCGCCGUCACAAGGCCGUACAUUGUCGACAAAUUAUCCAGAUAUUCAAGUAACAUCACCUUUAGAAGCUUCAGUACCUUCUCCUCACACCGGUCUGCAAAUAGAACCGAUCGCCCAGGCAUUAAUUACACCACAAAUUCACAGUCACGAAACAGUUGAGACUCUCCAUCAAACAGUAUUGACGUCCAAUGAAGUUAUUGUCCAAACUCAGUAUACAAGAACGACUACAACAUUACCGAAUUCUUCAGCAGCAGUAUUACCUCAAGAAAGUAGUAUAAAAAUAAUAGAAAUAACUGAUUCACCAGCACACGAACAAACAUCACAGAGUCUCGUCCUGUCUAAUGAUAAUCAAAAUCAACACCAGGCUGUUGUAAGUCCUUACAUACCACCUGUAAUUCAACCAGACUCUUCGGUUAUCAGAGACAUUGAUGAAACUCUUAUAAAUCAUCAGCAACAAGCAACGGUGAUUUGUAAUAACAAAGUAUUAAAGCCAAAACCGCGAGUUGUUAAAGCUAAAACUAAGGUAAUUAAACCACAAUAUAUUAAAAACAAUUUAACUCAACAGCCUAUUCGGUUCCAAACGAUUCAUCAAAAUUCAUCACCGAUGGUCCAUUUGCAACAAGCGCCACGAGCCAAUGCACCGACUGUUAUUCUUCAGCAAGUCCCGUCUUCUGGAAUAAUGUCAGCGUAUGUGGAUACGCUUCAACAGCAGUCUGACCAAAAUUUACAAUACAUCACAACAAUCGGAGGCCAAGAAACUGCUUACAAGCCUCAAUUUAUUUCAACCAAUCAAUUGGUACCUGGUGCAUAUAUCCACACAGCUUCUGAUAAUCUUUUGGCCCUUUCCAAUGGUGGUAUUUCAGUUUUACCGAGUGUACAGAUAGCGCAACCUCAGCCAGCUGUUUUGGGAACGAUAAUCCAACAGCAGCCAAACGCUAUUCAGUGUGGAGUGAUAUCGUCAGAACAAUUAGUACUGAGUUCAACUCCUACAUUAGAAAUGUUUACAGAUUCUACAGGCAGUAUGUUUGUCUCCAGUCAGCCGAUGUACUACGGGUUAGAAACUAUCGUCAGCAAUACUGUGAUGUCAUCAAGUCAAUUUGUCACUGGGGCAGUACCUCAAGUACUAGCCAGCAGUUAUCAAACAACCACCCAAGUAUUUCAAGCGUCGAAAUUAAUGGAGCCUAUUGUCGAUGUGCAAACGAUGCCAAGUGUGUCUACGGUACAAGCAGUUCAAGGAAUUCCUAGCGUUCCUCUGCAAACUCAAAAUCAAACCGUCCCUACUGUACAAUCAAUCCAAAGUAUUCCAGCUGUACAGACAGUCCAAAAUGUUCCGAACAUUGGCAGUUACGUUGUAAUGAAUUCCCAACCUGUGGAAACUCCAAUAACAAGUACAACUUCGUUAAACCACCCAGGUGGAAAUAUUGGAUCUACUACACCUGGGGAUCAAAACUUUGAUGGUUUAUCGGGUUCUAUAAUCACCACAGAACCCAUGACAGCUAAAUUGCAAAUACAAGAACCCGAGGUUGUUAAUCCAGUGGCGCCUUAUAUAGACAUGUCUUCAAGAUCAAUGUCAACAGUAACAUCAGCAGCAACAGUAGCUCGGGCAAUUCAAAAUCACCAGAGUAUACCUCGUAUUGCCGUGCGUCCGAGUCCAGUAUCACAACAAACAGUCACGCAACCCAAUUACGGGCAAUGGAAAUUCAUUUCAGAGCCUAUCUACAGCGUCGAACAGCAAACUGUCAGCAGUAGCACGAGACCCUAUCUAGACUCAAAACACGUGUCUGAAAAUACGAGUAUGAUAAAGUCGAGUUUAUCAUCAAAAGUAUCGCCGUUGUCAAAUCACUGCGUCACGCAGCGGGAUAUUGUUAAAAAACUCAAUAACUGUGAUGUUGGUAAUAAUGGCCAUGAUAUUUAUCAUGGGUUAUCAAGUAAUUUUGUAAGCUCAAUUACUUCACAGCAGGCUGGUCUCAAUAAUAUCAAUAAUAACAGUAACAGUAGUAAUGUAAGCAAUCUUAGUAAUAAUAGCAAUAAUCAGAAUAAAAUAAUGACAAGUGUUGCUCCUACGAGACCGAUGAAUCGAGUGCUGCCGAUGUUAGCUGUUGUACCAAAACUUGAAGCGAUUAAACCUGAUAUCAAUGAUAUUGAGGAACCGACUAAAGAAAUAAAGCCAAUAAUUGAGUCAGAAUCCAUUGAAACGUUAGAAAAAUCAACAAUUGAAUUAUCGGAUAGUGUAGACAAAAAUUUUACAGAUAAAUUUUUUAAUGACAAACCACUUAUUGUCGGUGAUAAUUUAAUCAGUGAUGAAAUUCUAUUUGGUGAUGACAAAUUAUUUGUUGAUAAAAAAAAUCAAGUAAUUGUCGAUGAUAAAGUAAUUGAAGACAAAUUAAAUGAAGAUAAAAAUGCUAUUGAGGAUUUAAAACUGCCUGAAGAAAAUAAUAAAAGUGAACCAAAAUUAAUCGUUGAUAAUACAGAAGAGAUUGAAGAAAAAAAUCAAUUUGAUAGUGGUGAUAAAAAAGAUCAAUUACAAAAUGCAUCGUUGAAAAUAGUAUUACAGAAACAGUUACAGGAUGGUUCGUAUAAAAUAACGAAUAAUGUUAAAACAACAAAAGCUCCGUUGAUGACAACAACAACAACAACAACAACGACAACAACAACAACAACAACUGCUACAGCUGUUGUGACUAAAAAAAGUUUACCAAAAAUUACAUCUGUUGAAAUAUUACCCACUAAACAAACUCCUCACAUUGGGUCAUUGCAGUUAUUGCCGAUUAAAAAAUUUACUUUGAAAGCGAAUAAAGUCGAAGAAAUUCCACGAAUUAUACUUGAUAAUAACACAAUCAAGGAUUCAGUGACAAGCUUAUCGAAGCCAAAAAUAACGACUGCUGUAAAAACAUCUAGACUUUUAUCUAAAUCGAAAGUUACUUCAAAAGUUGACCCGCUAAAUAAUCUCAAUAAUAAUAAUAAUAUUAAUAAUAACAACAACAACAACAAUAAUAUUAAUAGUAUGAGUAAUAUAAAUGCUCCGAAAAAAAAUGAACCAAAAUUAAUGUACGAAAUAAAAUCACAAGAUGGAUUUACGCAUACAGCGUCAUCAAUGUCUGAAGUUUGGGAUUCAGUCUUUCAAGCGGUUCAAGCUGCGCGAAAAACGCACAACUUACCUCCACUUACUCAUAAUCCAUUGACGGAAAAUCUAGGGUUGGACAAUAAUGCAACGGUGUACCUGGUUGAACAAUUGGCUGGUGUUAAUAGAUGUACCAAGUACAAACCCAGGUAUCAUAAUUUGAAACCACCAAAAUCAUUUGACAGCGAUAUUUUGUCGGGAUCCGAGUACGGAUCUGCACGCGCUGAGCCGUUUAAGGAACGCAAAGUUCAUGAUAUGUUCAGCUGGCUCGCGUCACGACAUCGUCAGCAGCCGAAAAUUCUAGCAGUCUCGGAGAUGGAUGUCAGAAGAGCAGCAAGUACCAAUUUACCAAUGGCUAUGAGGUUCAGAAUGCUCAAAGAAACUUCGAAAGAAUCUGUAGGAUGUUAUAUGUUCAAAAUAGAUGAUCAUUUAGUGGUCGACGCAACAAUGAAAGGAAAUGCCGCAAGAUUUAUAAACCAUUCUUGUGAGCCCAACUGUUAUUCAAAAGUCGUGGAUAUUCUUGGUAAGAAACACAUAUUAAUAUUUGCCUUGCGACGUAUUACUCAAGGAGAAGAGUUGACAUACGACUACAAAUUUCCAUUUGAGGAUAUUAAGAUACCAUGUACUUGUGGCUCACGAAAGUGUCGUAAAUACCUCAAUUAA